GAGAGAGAGAGAGAGAGAGAGAGAGAGAGAGAGAGAGAGAGAGAGAGAGAGAGAGAGAGAAAGAGGGCGGGGGAGAAAAAGAAAGAGGAAAGAAGGGGAAAAAACGAGAGAGGGGAAGGGGAGGGGAAGGAGGGGAAGGAGGAGGAGGAGGAGGAGAGAGGGGAAGGGGAGGGGAAGGAGGAGGAGGAGGAGAGAGGGGAAGGGGAGGGGAAGGAGGAGGGGAAGGAGGAGAGAGGGGAAGGGGAGGGGAAGGAGGAGGAGGAGGAGGAGAGAGGGGAAGGGGAGGGGAAGGAGGAGGAGGAGAGAGGGGAAGGGGAGGAGAGAGGGGAAGGAGGAGGAGAGAGGGGAAGGAGAGGAGGAGGAGGAGAGAGGGGAAGGGGAGGGGAAGGGGAGGGGAAGGAGGAGGAGGAGGAGAGAGGGGAAGGGGAGGGGAAGGAGGAGGAGGAGGAGGAGAGAGGGGAAGGGGAGGGGAAGGAGGAGGAGAGAGGGGAAGGGGAGGGGAAAGAGGAGGAGAGAGGGGAAGGGGAGGGGAAAGAGGAGGAGAGAGGGGAAGGGGAGGGGAAAGAGGAGGAGAGAGGGGAAGGGGAGGGGAAAGAGGAGGAGAGAGGGGAAGGGGAGGGGAAGCAGGAGAGAGGGGAAGGGGAGGGGAAGGAGGAGAGAGGGGAAGGGGAGGGGAAGCAGGAGGAGAGAGGGGAAGGGGAGGGGAAGCAGGAGGAGAGAGGGGAAGGGGAGGGGAAGCAGGAGGAGAGAAGGGAAGGGGAGGGGAAGCAGGAGAGAGGGGAAGGGGAGGGGAAGGAGGAGAGAGGGGAAGGGGAGGGGAAGCAGGAGGAGAGAGGGGAAGGGGAGGGGAAGCAGGAGGAGAGAGGGGAAGGGGAGGGGAAGCAGGAGGAGAGAAGGGAAGGGGAGGGGAAGCAGGAGAGAGGGGAAGGGGAGGGGAAGGAGGAGAGAGGGGAAGGGGAGGGGGGAACGAAUUCGGGCACUCCAACCGGCCCUCAAAAUUGGCACUCCCACUCCAAAGGGAAGCCGAAAGAGCCAUCAAGAUCAGCAGUGACAACAACACCUGACAGUAGUGACAACAAUAAGUGGCAGCAGGCAAAACCACUGACAGCGGCAGAUAGCAACGGCAGACGAGCAGUAGAGGAGGAACAUCCGAAACCGCGGCAGGACAGCGCCCACCGCCAGAGAUCUCAAAGGCAGCAGACUGAAAUGAGAAUCGCCAAUCGCCAAUCGAAUCGGCCGCAUCGGAAUAAGUGGAUUAAGGUCAAGCGGGACGUGGACGCUGUAACAGAGCUCUCCCGGUAA